CUGCUGAGGAGAAGUGCAGUAGCAGUGAGAGGCAGUAGCAGCAACAAAGUAGCUGCGGUGCAGCAUCAGGAAUAAGGGGGAGAUCUGGAGCAUUAAUACUGAUUUAACCCCUGUGAGGCGGGAUUGCAGCAUCACAGGCAGCUGGAACUCUCUGCUCCUUGGGGGAGUGCAACAUCUGGAUUAGCAAAGGAAUUUGGCAGAGGGGGACAUGGAGGAGGAUGGGAAGAGCCCUCCAGAUUCAGCCUAUGGGGAGCCAAAGAAAUACGAUCCAAAUUUCAAGGGCCCAAUUCAUAACAGGGGCUGUACGGAUAUCCUGUGCUGCAUUCUCAUAGUGCUGGGCAUCAUAGCAUAUGUGGCUGUCGGCAUUGUAGCCUGGACAUAUGGAGACCCCCGCAAAGUCAUAUACCCAACCGACAGCAAGGGCCAGUUCUGUGGUCAGGCUGGGACCCCCAAUGAGAAAAAACCUUUUCUGUUUUAUUUCAACAUCAUGAAAUGUGCCAGCCCCCUUGUUCUGCUUCAGUUCCAGUGCCCCACUCCCCAGAUAUGUGUGGAAAAGUGUCCGGACAAGUUUCUCACCUACCUCUCAGUGGUAACAACCCAGCAAAACUUUGACUACUACAAACAGUUCUGCCAAUAUGGAUUCAAUAAUUUCUCAAAGAGCCCAGUGGAGGUGCUGAGAGAUCGAGAUUGCCCGGCUAUGAUCACCCCAAGCAAGCCUUUCACCAGAAGAUGUUUCCCAGCCAUUAGCACACAAAAGGGAGUCGUCAUGGUCGGGAACUCGACAACUUUUGAUGAUGGGACGGGCGAUAAGCAGCGCAAUGUGACUGAUCUCGUGGAAGGAGCCAAAAAAGCCAACGUGGUUCUAGAGGCCCGGCAAGUGGCCAUGAAGAUAUUUGAGGACUACACGGUCUCUUGGUACUGGAUAAUCAUAGGCCUGCUCAUCGCCAUGGUGAUCAGUUUGAUCUUUGUGGUUUUGCUCCGGUUCCUUGCCGGGAUCAUGGUCUGGGUGAUGAUUGUUUUAGUCAUUGCGGUAAUGGGUUAUGGAAUCUUUCAUUGCUACAUGGAAUAUGCUCGGCUGAAGGGGGAGGCCGGCUCAGACGUGACCCUGAAAGAUAUUGGGUUCCAGACUGAUAUCCGUGUUUACUUGCAUCUCAGGCAGACGUGGCUGGCAUUUAUGAUCAUCCUGUGCAUCCUGGAGGUUAUCGUGAUCCUGCUGCUCAUCUUCCUGCGGAAGAGGAUAUUGAUCGCCAUUGCACUAAUAAAGGAAGCCAGCAGGGCUGUCGGAAGUGUCAUGUCAUCCCUGGUUUUCCCUCUCUUUACGUUCCUGCUUGUCUGCCUAUGCAUCGCCUACUGGGCUAUCACAGCUGUCUUCCUCUCCACCUCUAAUGAGGCCGUGUAUAAAGUGUUUAAUGAGACCCAAUGUGACUUCUCUGGCAAGACUUGCGACCCAGAGACAUUUAACACCACCAAUGUGACUCGCCUGUGCCCGGACGCCACCUGCCAAUUUGCAUUUUAUGGCGGGGAAACGUACUACCACAAGUACCUCAUCGUCUUCCAGAUCUACAACGCCUUUAUGUUCCUCUGGCUGGCCAACUUUGUCAUUGCGCUCGGCCAGGUGACAUUAGCAGGGGCGUUUGCUUCCUAUUACUGGGCCUUCAAGAAACCGGAUGAUAUGCCGGCCUUCCCCAUCUUCUCCUCCUUGGGUCGGGCACUGAGGUAUCACACUGGGUCUCUGGCAUUCGGAUCUCUGAUUCUGGCCAUUGUACAACUGAUAAGGAUCUUACUGGAAUAUCUGGAUCACAAACUGAAAGGGGCUGAUAAUAAAUGUGCGCGCUUCCUCCUCUGUUGCUUAAAGUGCUGCUUCUGGUGCCUGGAGAAGUUCAUCAAGUUCCUCAAUCGCAAUGCAUACAUUAUGAUAGCCAUAUACGGCACCAACUUCUGCACGUCGGCACGGAACGCCUUCUUCCUGCUCAUGAGGAACAUUGUUCGCGUCGCCGUGCUUGAUAAAGUCACAGACUUCCUGCUUUUCCUUGGGAAACUGCUGGUGGUGGGGUGUGUGGGGAUCCUUGCGUUCUUUUUCUUCAGUCGCCGGAUUCAGAUCGUUCAGGACACGGCUCCAACUCUGAAUUAUUACUGGGUCCCCAUCCUGACAGUGAUUCUAGGCUCCUAUCUGAUCGCCCACGGGUUCUUCAGCGUCUAUGGGAUGUGCGUGGACACCCUGUUCCUGUGCUUCUUGGAAGACUUGGAGCGGAAUGACGGCUCGACGGAGAGACCGUACUUCAUGUCGGCCAACCUGCAAAAACUGCUGAACAAAACCAACCAAACCAAGCCCGAUAAGUAACCGCCGGCAUAACAGGGACUGGACCGCACUGCACUAGUGAUACAUAUGUACUCUCGCUGCGUGUAUACCCUCUAAAGAACACGUGUGUGUUUGUGUAUAUAGCCAUGUACAGUGUAUUGGCGUGGGCCCUCUGCUUUCAGAGCGGCAGUUUUUCCGUGUACACGCAACCAACUGCCAUGUAUGUAUGUGACGUGUAUGCCUUUAAGUGUUGCAUACUCACCCACACGUAAGUGCACCACUGCUCCAGAAGUGCAAUAAGCUGAGCAGCCAUCUUCUAUGCGUCCAAAUAUCUUCUGUCUGUACGGGUCUGAGCACCAGUUUGUAGAGCCGGAUAUUUUGUCUGCCCAGGGCUGAGCUACUGUGUUGGUAUUCUGUUGCCCCCCCCCCCCCCCCCCCAUUGCAGUAAAUGGGAGUCAUGUGACAUUGCCAUGCAGCGGUGCAUUUUAUUACAUGAUUCCCAUUCAUUGCAAUGAAAUGCGAUUUUUCAUUUGCGGUCAUGGGGUUGCGACAACGCAUUAUAAUUGCAACGGCCAGCUUAGCCAGCCCAUGGGAGGACUAUGGGAAGCCAAAGGCAGGCUCUUGGACUGUAGAGGGGGCAAAUGACUUUCUUAACUGUGCUUAGUGUGACCUUUAAACUGGACUCCCCUGUUUUGUUUUUUUACAGUUCUUUGGGUUUUCCAUGAUUUUCUAUUGUAUAUUUGCAUGGAGACAAACUCGUGUUUCUGGUUUCUUUUUAAUGUUUAAUAUUUACACACAGUAGAACCUGGACGGUUUCCGGGCGGAUCAGAUAUAAACACAAACGUGCCCAUUGUACGCACAGGAUUGUGUAGGGGCUGCAAAAGUGUCAUAAAUAAAAUAAAGCAACUUUUUUUGUUUUUUAAA